UUUUUGUUUUUAUUUUUUUAUAUAUGAACUUAAAAAUCAUAAAAGAAAAUAUUAUUUACACUUGUGAAUAAUAAAAGAUGAGUAAUCCCACUGUGGAACAAGUGGAUACACUCCUAACAUUCCUACCAGAGCACCAGGAGUUAGCUCGUGGCCACUGUAGAAAUGCAGAAGGGCGAACAAGAUCCACCCAAUUAUGGGUUCGUCUCACAGACGAACUCAAUGCAUUGGGUGGAUGCACUAAAACUAUAAAGCAGUGGCAGAAGGUAUGGGCUGACAAAAAAUAUCUAACUAAAAAAGCUGCUGCUGCUGCUCGAAGGUCUGCCACAGCCACUGGAGGAGGGCCAUCAUCUGCUGAGCCUUUAAACCCAAUACAGAGCAGAAUAUUGAGUAUUAUGGGAGAGGGCUUUGGAGAACCUCAGUCGGAUGCACGUGUUCCUGCAUUUCCAGAGGUGCCCAGCUCAGCAGAUGAAACUCCAUUAGAGAUUCAAAAUAUAGAGCAGCAGCAGCAGCAAAAUCCUCAGCAAAUGAUGCAACAUCACGGGUUCAUAUUUUCUAAUGCAUAAAUAUAAUUAAGACAAGUUGCCUUAGUUAUAUUUGUACAUUUUCAAAACAUUUCGGGCAUUUCAUAAUGUUGAUUGAAAUCUAAUGUUGAUUGAAACUAUUUAGAAUGAUCAAGUAUGUAUUUAUAAUAAAUUAUUUGUUAAUUGAUUUGAUGACCAAAAAGAUGAAUGGACUGUGUGAAAGAUGAGGUCCAUAAGAGUGCAACUAGGUGUAAUAAAUAGAGAAAAUAGUUGGUAAGACAUUUGAUGACCAGUGCUGCAUUAGCCAUUAGUUAGUACAGGCAACUGCCAUAUUCAGUAUAUUUGUGUUUGUAAUUUUUAUAUGUUAAAACAUAUUAUAGCAGUUUUUUGUGAGCUAGAUUUGGAUUGCCUGGAAGUCCUGACAUGGAUUUUUCAGACUGCUGAUGAUCAACUUUAAAGAAUGUACUAAAAGCAUAUGGAAAUAAAUAAUUUAUUUUAUUAUAAGUAACACUGCUGAAGAAAGAGAUGAUAGUGGUGAUAUUAUCUUUAUAAUAUGUCUGUCUUCCAAAUGCCUCUUAUUAUUUCAUACAUUCAAUUUAAUUUUUACAGUUUUAUAUAUGUAUACACAGUUUUUCAAUGUUAACUAAGAAGUAAAGAUAAGACAGUACUAAUAAAUAACACUAUU